AACAUAACAACAAAAAAUAACUCUAAAAUCCAUUUCAUUUUUCGUGGAUGACUCGAUAAAUUUGUUUUUCGCCUAAGGUUGUCAAAUAAACUUGUUAAACGUUGUACGAUGGGACAAAGCCAAUCAGGUCCGGGAGGCAAUGAUAAGAAAGAAGAGAAGGAUAAAAAGAAAAAAUAUGAGCCCCCAAUUCCCACUAGGGUUGGCAAGAAGAAAAGAAAAACCAAAGGUCCGGAUACAGCCUUAAAAUUACCUGCAGUGACCCCUCAUACACGAUGCAGAUUGAAACUUCUAAAACUAGAACGCAUCAAAGAUUAUUUGUUAAUGGAAGAAGAAUUUAUCAGGAAUCAGGAGAGAUUAAAACCACAGGAAGAGAAGAAUGAAGAAGAAAGAUCUAAAGUUGAUGACCUAAGAGGGACUCCAAUGUCUGUUGGAACCCUUGAAGAAAUCAUUGAUGAUAAUCACGCGAUUGUAUCAACAUCCGUCGGAAGUGAACAUUAUGUUAGCAUUCUUUCAUUUGUAGAUAAAGAUCAACUUGAACCUGGUUGUUCUGUUCUAUUAAACCAUAAAGUCCAUGCUGUGGUAGGUGUUUUAGGCGAUGAUACUGAUCCGAUGGUUACAGUUAUGAAACUUGAAAAAGCCCCUCAAGAAACGUACGCCGACAUCGGAGGUCUUGACACUCAAAUUCAAGAAAUAAAAGAAUCAGUUGAACUACCUUUAACUCAUCCGGAGUAUUACGAAGAAAUGGGUAUUAAACCACCAAAAGGAGUUAUUUUAUAUGGACCUCCUGGUACUGGGAAAACUCUUUUAGCAAAAGCAGUUGCAAAUCAAACAUCAGCAACAUUUUUACGUGUUGUUGGUUCAGAACUUAUCCAAAAAUAUUUAGGUGAUGGGCCUAAAUUAGUAAGAGAACUAUUUCGUGUCGCUGAAGAGCAUGCCCCAUCAAUAGUCUUUAUCGAUGAAAUUGAUGCAGUUGGAACAAAAAGAUACGAUUCGAAUUCCGGCGGUGAAAGAGAAAUUCAACGAACUAUGUUGGAAUUAUUAAACCAGCUGGAUGGUUUUGAUUCACGUGGGGAUGUUAAAGUUAUUAUGGCAACAAAUCGCAUUGAAACAUUAGAUCCAGCACUUAUUAGACCGGGACGAAUUGAUCGAAAAAUUGAAUUCCCCCUGCCUGAUGAAAAAACUAAAAAACGCAUCUUUAACAUUCACACAACCAGAAUGACUUUAGCUGAGGAUGUAAACCUUCAAGAACUUAUUAUGGCUAAAGAUGAUUUGUCAGGAGCCGACAUUAAAGCUAUUUGUACUGAAGCUGGAUUGAUGGCUUUACGUGAAAGAAGAAUGAAGGUUAUGAAUGAAGAUUUUAAGAAAUCUAAGGAGAGUGUUUUGUAUCGUAAAAAAGAAGGAACUCCUGAAGGUCUUUAUUUAUAAAAUAAUAUGUGUGGUUCUUUUUUUUUUAAUUAAACAAUUUGAUUAAUAAUAAAAUAUGUAAUUCUGAC